AUGCCGGUGGAUGAACAACAGAUUCUAGACCUGCCGCGACUAAUACAACAUCUCUCCCCUCCUCAGCUGGGGAAAAUUCCCGUGCAGGUUCGGCAGUACACCAACAAUGCGGCCGACUUUAUAGACAAGAGCGUCGACCGCGCCGCCGACGUCGUCCGCGAUACCCUGAGCGCCCAGACAUGGAUCCCCGACUCGCUGCGGCCCGCGCCGCCCGUCCAGGUGCCCGUCGCCGUCGUGUGCCUCUCCACGUGGGAGCGCGCGCAGGACUGGGUGUCCCGGCACCGCAUCCUCACGGGCGUCGUCGUCGUCGUCUGCGGCGCCGUCGUCGUCAAGGGCUACCGCACGUCCAGGUCCAUGCGCAAGACGCGCCGCGCCAAGCGCGCCCGGAACGGCGGCCGCACCGAGGUCGUCGUCGUCGCCGGCUCCCCCGCCCUGCCCCUGACCAAGUCCCUCUCGCUCGACAUGGAGAGACGCGGCUUCAUCGUGUACGUCGUCUGCGACGCCCCCGAAGACGAGAAGACGGUGCACUCCUACGCGCGUCAGGACAUCAGCCCCUUGAAGAUUGAUACAACGGAUCCUCCAAGCGCCGGAUCUGCCAUCGAAAAGUUUGCGGCGUACCUUCAGGCGCCGCAUGCUCCAGGUCCUCACAUCAAGCCCAACCAGUUAACCCUGCGAUCCGUCAUUCUCAUCCCGAGCCUCCAUUACCAGACCUCGCCGAUUGCGACGAUACCGCCCUCGAGCUUCGCCGACCUGUUCAACACCCAUCUCCUCCACCCCAUCCUCACCAUCCAGGCCUUCCUCCCGCUGCUCACGUCGCGACUCCAGCCCAUCGGCGAGAAGUGGGUGCCGCCCAAGGUCAUGGUCCUGACGCCGUCCAUCAUCUCGUCCAUCAACCCGCCGUUCCACGCCCCCGAAGCCACCGUCUGCUCCGCGCUCUCCGCCUUUACCGAGGUCCUGACGGCCGAGCUGCGGCCGCUCGACAUCCCCGUCACGCACAUGCAGCUCGGAACCUUUGACUUUGCCGGCUUUGUCCCGGCCCGGAACCUGGCCAUCGGCCAGGGCCAGCACACUACCGGCCAGCCCCAGGAGACGCUCGUCUGGCCCGACGGCGCCAAGCACGUCUACGCCCGCAACUUUGUCGCGCAGACGAGCUCCGCCAUUUCCGGCGCGCGCAUCCGCGGCUUCAAGGGCAGCUCGCUGCGCCGCCUGCACAACUCCGUGUUUGACGUCAUUGACGGCUCCAUCACCAGCGACACGGUCCGCAUCGGCCUCGGAUCCAGCGUCUACGGCUUUGUCGGCCGCUGGGCCCCGCGCGGCCUGGUCUCGUGGCUCAUGGGCAUUCGCCGUGUCGACCAGCUGUCGACCUGGAAGGCCAGCGAGGAGGGGGGCUCCUCGCGCACGCCCAGCGAAGACGGCGACAACACGAGCAACGAAUUCAUCGCCGUGCCCUCGGAGAUUAACGCUUGGACGUCGGAAAAGGACAGCAGUCUCUAG